AUUCAAUGUACGGCGACGCGUUAGUGGAGAAACCUUAUCAGACCAGCAGCCUCACACACAGAGAGAGAGGGGAGAGGAGAGGAGAGGAGAGGAGGGAUACUGAGCGCUGCAACACUUUAAAACACAAGUUAUUAUUAUAAUUAGAAUAAGAAAAGGUGUUUUUUCCAAGAUGAAGACAUCUUGAAGGAUGGCUUGUUUGGAGUAAAAAGUCUGCAUCAUCGUGCACGAAUAGGAGGAGGAGGAUAUAUUUUCUCACCCAUCAUCAUCAGCUUGGGAGUAUAAACACAUCAGGAGGAUCGGAAGAAUUGAGCAUGUCGUCGGAAAAACACGGUCUCGAUGACUCCGGUCGUCAGACCAUGCAGCCUCCUCCGUACCUCCCCGGCCCGCAAGACCCCAACAUGCCUCAGCACCCCAACAUGCCCCAGCACCCCAACAUGCAGCCAGCGCCGGGCACCCAACCCAACUACCCUCCUCCGCCUCCUCCUCCGGGCUCAGACGGAUAUCUCCAAGAAACCCAGUUCCACUGCGGCCCGCUUGGUCCGCAGGGGGCCCCGCAGGGCUACACGGUCCAGACCCAGGGCCCCGGAGGCACCAUGCCUCACGCCCCUGUGGGAUACCUCCACCCGGGCUACCCGCUUCAGCUGCAACCCUGCACGGCUUACGUACCUGUCUACCCCAUGGCAUCGGGUCAACCCUACAUCCCAGCCGCAGGAGGCCACCCAGGGAUCCAACCGGGUCAGAUUCAUCCCAUGCAAAUGCCGCCCAGCAUCACCCUGAUGGACCGCCGACCGCCACACGACUACCUGCCCAUCGCCGUGCUCACCACCGUCUGCUGUUUCUGGCCAACAGGCAUCAUUGCGAUCAUCAAAGCAGUGCAGGUGCGCACGGCGAUAGCCAGAGGGGACAUGGUGACGGCGGAAAUAGCCUCCCGCGAGGCACGCAACUUCUCCUUCAUCAGCCUGGCUGUUGGCAUCGCCUCCAUUGUGCUGUGCACCAUCCUCACCGUGGUUGUCAUCAUCGCCUCGCAGCACCACGAUGACGACUGGGAGCCGUAAACUCCACACGGUGUCAGACAGAUGGGAAAUCAUGGCAUAUAUUAGCUAGCUAACUACUCUCAACGGAGGAAGUAGGAGCACUGAGAACGCACACAAACUGCUACCGCAUCGCUGGCCCUCUGUGUACAGCUACACACACACACAUACACACAUACACACGCAUACACACACACAGCUCUGACCUAAUACCUGCUGCCAUCAAACACACACCGACGACCAAAAACAACCAAUCACAGCUGAUGUUCAAACGCCAAAUACAAGCAGCUGUCAAAUGAGGCCCAGUAUUGCUGUUAGCACAGCGACCGCUUAAUAUUUACACUCAGAUAUGAGCUGCGAGAGGGAAACAAAGCUCCUUGUGUUAACAAUUCAUGUGACGCUGAUUAAUUCAUACGGAUGCUGUAGUUAGAUGAGAGGAUAGGUCACCGUGUUAAAUAUUCCAACAACUAAAUCUACUAAAUGGGCCCACACAGAGGUAUUUUUAGGAUAGGUAAAGAGGACCUAUUAUGCUUUAGUGCUUUUUCUCUUUGCUUUAGUGAGUUAUAUCGUUUUUUGUGCUUGUAAAAGGUCUGCAGAGUUACAAAGUCCAUGCUAAAGAGAGUUACUCUCCCCC